AUGGACCUCCCGAACGAGCAAAAGCAGGUCGACUUGGCUUCUGCAUACUACACAAAGGGUCGAAAAUUAUGGUCGAAAGGCGACAGAGACAACGCUCUAGACCUUUUCCGGAAAGCACUCGCGAUACAGGAAUCGAUUUUGGGGAUAUACAACAAGCAGACGGCAAGAACAUAUUACUGGGUGGGAUACGCUUUGAAUCACAAAAAAGAAUACAACAAAGCUCUUGUCGCAUACAGACGGACACUUCGAAUCCGUUUGUUUCUUCUUGGUGAAGACGAUGCAUCAACUGAAGAUGUCAAGAGAGCGUUGAGAGAUGUUUUGAAAGAGCAGGGGCUAAAUGAUGCUCGGGUUAAAACCUACAUAAAGACUGUUGCCGCUGCAGUCGAGCAUGAAAAGCAAGCAAUAAUACACGAAGAGCGGAGCGAGUAUGUUGAGGCAGUUGAGGAGUACGAGAAGUACUUGGCCAUUGAAGAAGCAUCAGUUGGUAAUUUUCCUCUGGACAUCGCAAGGAUUCAUUCAAAGAUUGCGGACAUCUACAAAUUGAAUAAGAAAGAAACAAUGGCACUCUCGUCGUACAGACAUGCACUGUCGAUCUUUGUUUCAAAACUAGGUCGAAGUCACUCGGAUUCUCAGCACUGCAUUAGCGGGAUUGAAGUAUGUGCGUCGAUCAGAGGCCUCCCGGCAUCCGAAAGUGAGCAAUAUGUGGAACUAGUCCUGGAGUCCAUUUCAUUGAUCUGGCAAGGGGACGAACUGAAAAGUCGUGGAAAGGUAGAUGAUGCACUCAACAAGUACGAAGAAGCUUUGAAGAUUGAAUCGAUGGCUAUUGGAAUAUAUCCCUUGACCGCAGCAGAACUACACCUUGACAUAGCCCACUGCUAUCGCCGCCAAAAGGAGUUUGAUCGCGCAAUUGUUAUGUUGAGAACGGCCCUAAGUGUGUACAUUUUUGAACACGACGAAGAGCAUCGAUCCGUAGUCUCCUGUUUGCGAGAAAUUGCUUCGACAUUGCAGGAAAAGGGAUGCAGUAGCGCAGACAUGAAGAAGUAUUUGAACACAGUAUCUUACUCAGUCAAGCAUGAACGAAGCGGACAAACUAUGCGUAAUGAAGGAGACCUCGCUGGAGCUAUUACAGAGUUUCAACGAUCUUUGGAGCUGGAAGUUGCAGCCCUCGGGAAGUACCACCUCACCCAAGUGGCACUAUACAAAGCAAUUGCUCGAGCUUAUGGUGCGCGGGGGGAGCACUCGUUUGCAUCCAGCAGUUAUCGCACUGCUUUACUCAUAUGCAUGAAAACAUUGGGGCUGGGUCACCCUACUACUCAAGCCUUGUUCAACGAAACCUAUGAAGCGGCGAAAAGAGAGGGGAGCGACUGCACGACCAUAGAAGCAUACGAGAAUCUGGUAUCUUCAUCGAUUGAGCUUCAGAUGACGGGAAUCGAGCAAUUGGAGCAAGGACAAUAUGUGAAAGCUUUUGCUACAUUUCGUAAAGCGAUCGUUGCGCAAGAGGAAGUAAGCGGGCAAUAUCACAUAUGUACCUCCGACUUGUAUUCAAAUGUAGCAAAAGCUCUGUUUCACGCUGGGCAGGACGAAAGAGCCUUGAAGAAAUAUCGUGAAUUGCUGGCCAUACAUCAAUCUGCGUUUGGACCGAAUCAUCCCAGCUCUAAGCGUGCGCUCCAAGGAAUCGGCGAGACAUUGACUUCGAAACGGGUGAAAAUCGAAAUCGCGAAUGAAUAUAGCGAGAAAGUGAUUGAGUCUAUUGCUCAUGAACUCACGGGAGAUAGCGAAAUUAAACAAGAUCUCUACGAUCAGGCAAUUUUGUCGUAUGAACAAGCCUUGAAGACAGAGCGAAAUUUGCUCGGGGAAUCCUACCUUACUACAGCAGGACUAUUGGACAAGCUUGCAAGCGCAUAUAGACUUCGAGGGGAACAUCACCAGGCCAUUCUGAUAUACAGGAAGUCAAUCCAGAUUUAUCAGUCCUAUGAUGAGCCAGAAUAUGGCGAUACCCAAGGGACAUUGAAGCAUUUGAGCCUUUCAAUUCGGUCUCUUGGAUUCAACAUGUCGGCUGUUGAAAGAUACCAGCAUUCUAUCCAAACCUCGAUCGCAUAUGAAACUCAAGGAGACGCUGCUCUAUUGACAGGGAACAGUGCCAAGGCCGUGAGCAAAUACCAAAUGGCGAUUGACAUUGAAGAAAAUAGUCUUGGGAAGCUUCAUCCCACAACUUCUUCGUUCUACAAGAAGAUUGCUGACAUCAGUCGCGACAAAGAGGAUUUCGAAUCAGCACUUCUUUUCUACAGUAAGGCGCUGGCAAUCCAAGAAUCUUAUCUAGGAAAAGACAAUGAGGAGACUGUGACGACUUACAACCAACUGAUGAAUGCAGCUCAAAAACAUGGAUCUAAAUCUGGAGCGAGCCUCGAGGGUUGGAACAUGCUGAAGUAUGUUCUGAUGGGCUUGAUUGGCUUGCUUGUUCUGAUCAUUACUGUGGCAAAAAGCAUAUCCACUAGCCAGAGGACCAUAAAGAGACUGAAUAUCGCAGCAUAUGAUGAUGUCGAAGAUUCUAAAGAUGAAGACCCGGACGACAAAGAGGGCGAUAAUCCAAAACGUCCGCUUGAACCACCAGAAGACCGCCAUAUUUCUCGAGGUCCAUGGAGUGCCAACUCGAGCAGUUACGAAACCAUGAGUGAACGUUUUGAUAAUCUGCCCGGGGAUUCCAGGUCUCCCUCCAUUUCUCGGAGGCUUGCUGGGAAGUCUGUGGGUGGAGAAAACUUUGAGCUCGACAAAUCGGUGAUUCUGAAGCCUUCGUUAAGCAAGGAGGAACCUUCCAGUUGGAGGUCUGCGAAGGAUGCAAUAGUUGCGCCUGAGAAAACGACAAGUUUGAAGGGGGCUUAUAGAAAGGAAGAUGACCAUGUUGGAGCCACUGUUGUGAACCCAAUAUUUUCGUUGGAAAAGGCAGCGCAACGGAAACAACUCCCCUCGAGGAAAGUCGGUGAAGAUGGGAGCAACCCUGAAAUUGAGACAAAACCUAUUGCGUUAAAAGUAGAUGGAAUGGCUUCACCUUUAAGCAUCAAGGGCGAGGUGGAAACAAAAGACGAUGGAGAAAAAGAGCGAGAAUCAAAGAGUCCUGUGCCAAAAGAAGAUGGUGUUGGUGGAAUUCUAGGUGACGCAUCAAAGAACACAACGGAUACUGGCGGCGAAGAUUCCAAGAUGAAAAAGUCUCCAACUGAAGGCGUUGUUUCUAGAAGCUCGGUUGAAGAGGGACAAACCUCGUCGGGCGAAGAGACUAUACCUGAUGUUGCUGAUAGUGAGGACUUGAUGGAUAACCAGGACGACAAACCAUCGGUAUCGACGGAGACCAAAACACAAUCUUGGGACGAAGUACUGAAUGUUCCGCAGCAGUCAGAGGAGGUCAAAACCCCAUCUAUUGAUGAGAAAAUAAAAUCUCAGAAAACACUGAAGAAGAAGGACGAUAAAGGUGCCGGAGGGAGUCUGAGCAACAUGCUCAAAAAGUGGAGAAAUAAAGCUGAUAAUGAAGAGGGUGAUAUUGAGGAAGAAGCUUCCGGCCUGGACAACCGGAUCAAACAGUGGAAACAGGCUGCUGAUAGAGCGAGUUCAAGACACCUGGGCGCGUAA